GGAGCAAUCCAAUCCUGCCCCUCUCACGUGCACCUUAUAUACCCUCUUCCUUUUACAUUACCCUUUUAACAAUUUUUACACUUCUCUCUCAAUCAAAAUCUUCCCCUCUCAUACAUCUCUUCCCUAAUUUCCUUUGAGCAAAACUAUGAGUCUUGAUGCUCUUUCUAAUUCCAAUGACUUGUUCAACUUCAUCAUCUUCGACACCAUCGCCGCAACGCCAAGCAACGACUCCCACCGCCACCCCGACUCGUCGGAGAACAGCUUGAUCUUCUCCGACGAGCGUUUGAAACCCAAUUACGCUGUGUCGAGAAAUAAACACCGCUCCUCCGUCGACGCUGAAGGCAGUGGCAUUCAACAAGGGAAGAAGAAGAGGAAGAGAAAGCCUAAAGUUUGUAAGAACAAAGAGGAGGCUGAAACACAGAGAAUGACACACAUUGCCGUUGAGAGGAACCGCCGUAAACAGAUGAAUGAGCAUCUUGCUGUCUUACGUUCCCUCAUGCCUGAAUCCUAUGUUCAAAGGGGUGACCAAGCAUCCAUAGUGGGUGGUGCCGUUGAGUUUGUGAAGGAAUUGGAGCAUCUGUUGUCAACACUAGAAGCGAAGAAGCUGGAAAGUUUGGAGAAAGAAAUGCAAGAAGAGAAUGAAGAUUCAGUGAGAAGGAAGUUGUUUUCAUCAGUUUCUUCAGGCGCAUCAUUUUCACAGUUGUUGAUGCAUUCAACGGAUCAAAACUCGAGCAAGUUCACAUCGAAAUCGAGGGCUUCUUCGGCUGAGAUUGAAGUCACUUUGAUUGAAACUCAUGCAAACCUCAGAAUUCUGUCCAGAAGAAGCCAUAGACAGCUCUUGAAGCUCAUUGCUGGCUUGCAGGCCCUUCGCCUCACCAUUCUUCACCUCAAUCUCACCCACUUCCACCCUUUGGUUCUUUACUCCAUUAGUCUCAAGGUGGAAGAAGGAUGCCAAUUGAGAUCAGUAGAUGACAUAGCAGCAGCAGCACAUCAUAUGGUAAGAAUAAUUGAGGAAGAAGAAGGUGUCCUCCUGUGUUAAAAUGUAACCAAAAGAAACCAUCUUCAGAAAGCUACAAGCUAAUUUGAAAUGGAGGAAUCAGCCAUUACAGUGCCAUGUUCUCUCUCUCUCUCUCUGUAUUUGCUUCUUUUGAUGAAAUUUGUAAAUUAAUGUGUUCAUGUGAGGUGAUCGAUAUUGUUUUGUAGCUAUCAAGGGGUUUGUCUUGUAUGCUUUUUAGUUUCUUCUUUUCUUGAGACCACGAAAAAGGAGAGAGGGACAGAUGAGAAGAAAAAAUUGUCCAUGACAUUGGUUUGGGUGUCCAUUCUUCUUCCUCUCCA